CUACAGGACAGGGGCUGGGCUGGGCUGGCUGGGCAGGGCUGGACUGAGCGCGAGCGAGAGCGCUAGCACGAGCGAGCGAGAGCGGCGCAUCUGGGGGUCGGGCCAGUGGAAAAGUUAAACCGACGGGAGCGGAGGAGCGAGGGAGCAGCGCACGACGACUGCCACACACCACCGCACCACAGCCCAGCGGACAGAGGGGACCCGCGCCGCAGCACUUACUGGACCAGCGCGAACAGAUGGCUCUCCUUUCCCUGCCCUCGCUGUGCUUCUUCUGCACCCUCGCCCAGCUCGUCUGCCGGACGGGGGCCGCCGGACUCUGGGGCCAGCAGCCUACGGUGCUGAAAGUAUGUGGAAAAGGAUAUUUCCUCAGCGAAUUAAACAACUGCCUGCCAUGCAACUGCAAAGGUCAUUCCGACAGCUGUGAAGACAUCACUGGGAUUUGUAUAGACUGCAGGGACCACACCACUGGGGAUUUCUGUGAGAGGUGCCAGAAUGGGUUUGUCCCAGAGGUCUCUCCAGAGGGGCAUCACGUCUGCAAAGCCUGCGCCUGCCCUAUUUCGCACCCCUCAAACAACUUCGCUGUGCACUGUGAUAAGAGGGGCAGAGCGCUGCGCUGCAUGUGCCAGGAAGGCUACGCGGGACACUACUGCGAGAGAUGUGCUCCUGGUUACUACGGGAACCCCAUGGUAAUUGGCAACUCUUGUAAGAAGUGCGACUGCAAUGGGAACUCCGACCCGAACCACAUCUUCAACGAGUGCCACAACCGGACGGGCUUCUGCGUGAACUGCUGGGGCAACACGGCGGGCGCCAACUGCGAGAAGUGCGCUCCGGGUUUCUACGGCGACGCCAUCAGCGCCAAGAACUGCAGGGAGUGUCAGUGCAAAAAGUGCGGCACGAUGUCAUGUGACGACAGGACAGGAGUGUGUCACUGCAAGCCAGGAGUGACCGGCCCCCUCUGUGACCAGUGUGAGGAAGGCUACUCCGGUUUCAGCAGCUGCCGGGGCUGCCGGAGGUGCGAGUGCGGAGCGGCCUCGCUGCGUCCGACCUGCAACCCCCUCACCAAAACCUGCUUGUGCCGCCCGGGGGCCGGAGGCCAGUACUGCGAGCGCUGCGAGCACGGCCACUGGAACUACAGGAGCUCGGGCUGCCAGAGGUGUGACUGUGACGGCGGACCUUGUGACAUGCACACUGGGGAGUGUUUGCCGGAACCUUCCGUCUCCUCUGAGGACACCAUCUGCAACAUCAGUUGCAAUGAGUGUAUAUGGUACCUCAUUGGUGACAUAAGGCAGUCCAACAAGACUCUCGACCAACUCAAACUCAGCAUCAUUAACAUCUCCACUGGAGCCGCUGCAAAUGAUCGCCUCAAGUACUACAACUACACCGCAAUACGACUGCAGGCUCAAUUUGUGGGGUGGAGGAAUAAAUCGAAGAUGAUGAGAACCCAGACGGGUGAACUGGAGGAGGCCACAGCUGCUCUGGUGUCUGACAUGAACCGGCUGGGAAAGAAGGAGACCAGAGUGAAGACUCUGAGAGACGCAGUGGAUAACGGUACCCUGCAGAGCUUCAAUCUGGCAGAUGAGCUGGCCAAAAAUCUGACAACACUCAACAUGGUGAUAGAGGAGAUGAUCAGCGAUUGGGAGCUGUACAGCGUGCACCAGGACGUCGACCCCGAGGUGGUCAAACAGAAGACCGCCGACGCGGAGAACAUGGUGAAGAGGAUGAGGAAGCUGGACCUGUCCCCGAAAGAGCCCAGCACAACCGAAGAGUCGGCCGCAGCCCAUGAGAUGUACAGACGUGUCCGCCAGAUGGAGAAGAAGCUGGUCAGCACUGAGGGACGUCUGUCUCCAGUGCGAGAUCGCUUCUCCGGGUUCAGCGGCAAGCUGACCGAUGCCCAGGACCUCCUCCAGAAGGCCACGGGCACCAUCCGUCAGACCGAGGCCAAGAACAGAGCCAACCUUCUCAAAUUCCACAACAGUGAGAACCACAGACAGGUACAGAUGGACAAAUUCGGGGAAGUGAAUAACACCCUGGAGAAAGCCAGGGGCUUCAUCACCGAAACAGAGGGCAUAUCUGCUGAUAUGGAUGACAUGGUGAAGAAUGUGACCCAGUUCCACGCUGCGAUUGAUGGAGCUGGCAAGCUCCUGACGGAAAGAACGCAGAACCUGUCUCUUGCCGACAGGGAUCUCGUCCAGCGAGCCACUGACCAGGCCCGGGAGCUGCAGAGACUAGCAAAUAAACUGGAGCUGAACCUGAAACACAAUGAUGCCAAUGGAUUCGUGCAGAAGGCCAUCGAUGCAUCCAAUGUGUAUGACAACAUCAUCAAGUACAUUGACGAGGCCAACACCACUGCGUUGACAACCCUUGACUUAUCCAGCAAAGCUGAUGAUGCCAUCUCUGGAAUCAACACACAGCGUGGUUUUCUGAAAGCACAGAGUGACAAAUUCUUCAAGGAGUCUGUCAGCUUGCACUCUGAUCAAAUUGUGGUAGACUCCACAGUUCUUGACACCGGUAAAUACUUGGAGGAGACAAAAGAGACCAUGGCGGAUGCCAAGAAAAGACUGAAUACUAUAGUAAAUGAUGUAAACGCACUUGAGAAAGGCAGGACGACUCAGCGCCUGCAGUUCACCAAGGAGGUGGCGGAGGGCACCCUAAACCGAUCCGUCGAGGUCCUGCAGGGCGUGAACCCCAUCAAGGAGCGGGUGGAGCAGUGGUCCAGCAACAUGAACAACGACGAGUACUCAGCCGCGGCCUACGACCAGGCCGUCCUCUCGGCCGGGGAAGCAGUGAACAACUUGUCUGAGCUCGUCCCAGAACUGCUGGACAAGCUACGUGUGGUGGAGGAGAAAAAGCCUGUUAAUAACGUGUCCACCAACAUCAUACGCAUCAGAGAACUCAUCGCCCAGGCCCGGAGCGUGGCCAAGAAGGUCCAAGUGUCGAUGAAGUUCAACGGCCAGUCUGCGGUGGAGCUGCAGCCUCACGACAACCUCGAGGAGCUGAAGACGGUCACCUCCCUCAGCCUGCUCGUGCGGGUGGAACCGGACAAGCAGCCCGUGAAGGACCGCUUCGUCUUCUAUCUGGGGAACAGAAAUGGAGCGAAAGACUACAUGGGCCUUGCCAUAAAGAAUGACCACCUGGUGUACAUCUACAAUCUGGGCGGCGAGGAUGUGGAAAUCUCCCUGAAUUCCAAGCCUGUCAGCACGUGGCCCCCCUUCUUCAAUCUGGUCAAGGUGGAGAGGCUCGGAAAGCACGGCAAACUGUUCCUGACCGUGCCCAGCCUCAGUAGCACCGCCGAGCAGAAGUUCAUCCAAAAGGGCGUGGCCCACGGCACCGAAUCCCUGUUCGACCUGGACCCCAAGAACGCCGUGUUCUACGUGGGCGGCGUCCCCCCGGACUUCAAGCUGCCCACCGCGCUCAACCUGCCCUCCUUCGUGGGCUGCAUCGAGAUGGGCUCCAUGAACAACGACGUCAUCAGCCUGUAUAACUUCAAGCAGACCCACAAAAUGGACGUCGUCGCCGAUUCACCUUGUCCCAGGUACAAGCUGGCUUUCUCGCAGAGCCGGGUGGCCAGCUACAUGUUCGAUGGCACAGGCUAUGCGCUCGUAAACAACAUUGAGAGGAGAGGAAAGUUUGGCAUCGUCACCAGGUUUGACAUUGAAGUGCGAACGGUGGCCAACAACGGCAUCCUCUUCCUGAUGGUCAAUGAGGACAAUUUCUUUGUGCUGGAGCUACAAAAUGGCUUCCUGCGUCUCAUCUAUGACUUUGGGUUCAGCAGCGGGCCGGUUGUAAUGGAGAGCAAAUUAGCAAAACUGCAGAUCAAUGAUGCCAGAUACCAUGAGGUGUCGAUAAUUUACCACCAUUCAAAGAAGAUCAUCUUAUUGGUGGACAGAAGUCAUGUCAAAUCAAUGGAAAGUGAGAAGAAAACAUUGCCCUUCUCAGAUAUUUACAUUGGAGGUGCACCCUCGAGCAUUUUACUCUCCAGGCCAGAGUUCUCCUCCUUGGUGGGCCUGAAGGGCUGUGUGAAGGGCUUCCAGUUCCAGAAGAAGGACUUCAAUCUGCUGGAGGAGCCUGGCACUAUUGGAAUCAGCAAUGGCUGCCCAGAGGAGUCUUUUAUGUCCCGCAAAGCUUAUUUCAUUGGAGACGGCUUUUUGGGAUCCUCAGCAAAGAUCUCCCCCUUUGACACGUUCGAGGGAGGCCUCAACUUCCGAACACUGGAGCCUAAUGGCCUGCUCUUCUACCACAAUGAAGGGGCUGACGAGUUCUCCAUCUCACUGGAGAAUGGAGCAGUGGUGCUGAACUCCAGGAGUACCAAGGUGAAGUCGCACAAGAAGCACUACAAUGACGGACGCACCCAUUUCCUGGUGGCCUCAGUGACUAAGCAAAAGUAUCAACUGGUUAUCGAUGACAAGGACAAACAGGAGAAGAACCACGCAGCCUCGUCUCAGUCGUCCACCGGAACACUGAAGACCUUCUAUUUCGGAGGCUCCCCCAGUAGCAGCAUCAGGAACUUCACGGGCUGCAUCAGCUACGCCUACAUCAGCAGGCAGGAUAGGGACAUCGAGCCAGAGGACUUCCAGAGGUACUCGCAGAAUGUCCAGGCCUCCCUUCAAGACUGCCCCGUGGAGAGACCGCCAGCAGCGCUGCAUGUGAAACAUAGCAGAAACUCCUCCAAAUCCAAGCAGGGACAUUCCAGGAAGGUGAGCAGAGAUAAGUCUAAUGAGCCUGAAGUCCCAGUAGGGGUGAAGAUCGACCCACUGGAUUCACCUGAGAUCGAGGCCACGCCUUGUUACCUUUCCCAGAAGCCUCGGGCCACUCGCCAUGCCUACCACUAUGGGGGCACCAGCAACAGUCGACAGGAGUACAUGGACAUCCCAGAAUCCUUCAGUGAAAGGUCCCACUUCUCCCUCUCUCUGAAGACGAACUCUUCCUUCGGCCUCAUCUUCUACGUCUCGGACCAGGAAGAGGACAACUACAUGGCUCUGUUCCUGGCCCACGGGAAACUGGUGUACACCUUCAACGUGGGAAGCAACAAAAUCAAGAUCAAAAGCGAUGAGAAAUACAACGAUGGAAUGUGGCACAAUGUUGUUUUUACCCGCGAUGGGAACGUGGGACGAUUAAUUAUCGACGGUCUGAAAGUGCUGGAGGAUCGGGCUCAAGGUGCCAACGCCUCCUGGCACGUGAGCGGGCCCCUCUAUGUGGGCGGGGUCCCCCCCGGGAGGGCCCAGAAAAACAUCCAGAGGAACUCUGUGUACAGCUUUACCGGCUGCGUGAGGAAUGCCCAGCUCAACGGCCAGGGCCUGACCUCCGUGUCACAGACCUUUGGAGUCACCCCCUGCUUCGAGGGGCCCUCAGAACCUGGGUCCUACUUCUCGGAGGAGGGCGGAUACGUUGUUUUGGAUGUCUCUUUCAACCUGGGGCUGAAGUUUGAGCUGGUGAUGGAGGUGCGCCCUCGUGUGGCAUCUGGGGUGCUACUGCAUGUCUACACUGCUGAGGGAGAGUAUGUCAGCAUGUACAUUCACCAAGGAGAGGUUGUGGUCCAAGUGAACAAUGGAAUCCGUGAGUUUUCAACACGCGUGUCUCCAAGGCAGGGUAUCUGUGACGGCAGCUGGCACAGAAUCACAGUGAUCCGAGAUUCCAAUGUUGUGCAACUUGAUGUGGACUCUGAGGUGAACCAUGUUGUGGGUCCCCUCAACCCCCAAGCGGUAGACAUCAGGACCCCUGUGUUUAUUGGUGGAGCCCCAGCAUCCCUGAUUCCACAAGGCCUACCCACAAGCAGGCCCUACACGGGUUGCGUGAGAAACCUGGCUGUCAACAAUAUCCAAGUCAGCUUCAGCAAAGCUGCCCUGGUCAGUGGGGCAGUCAGUGUGGGCUCCUGUCCAGCGGCCUAACACUGGCCUUCCAGCAAUGCUAACACCACAGCUCCACAGCCAAGCCCAGAGUCCAAAUCACCAUGCCCUGUUACUUCUGUUCCAAUAAAGAAGCAUGAAAUCAAAUCGUCACUGUUUCUUGGCUGUACCAAUGUAUUCACUAAUAUCUAUUAUCCCUGUUGCUGUUUCGAGUAAGAAUGAAAUGGGAAUCUAUUCCAGGUCAGUUAAGAAUUAUGUAAUUUUUUAACCUUAUGUAAUUUGAUUUCGAUAAAGAAAUGCGAUACAUGUUUAUUUGCUCUGAACGGCAGUCUUAUGCCGAGGUUGCACCAAUAAAAUACAUUUGCAUAUGUGUCAUGUUUGUAAAAAAUAGAAUUAGCCCACAGUAGUGGCUGUUUUACACACUACUUAAUAUCCCCACACAAACAAGUUUUUUAAUAUAUUUUCAUUUAACAUUUAUAUUAUAAAGUAGGUAUUUCCUUUUGAUUAAAACAGAAAUACUCUGACAUUCCCUUAAAGCAUAGCCUCAAGGAGAAGACUUCCUACUCUAAUAAGAGAUGAUGGCACAAGAAAAUGCUUUCAGCUUAUUUCUGCUAUAUAGUUUCAAAGAUAUGCUUUCUACGCAAAUAAGUAAUCAUCUGUUUUGCAUAAAAACUUUCUCUGCAGAUUAAAUUGCAUACUCAA